AUGAAACUGUAUCUAUCUCGAAACAGCCCCCUUAACGCGACGCUCGUUGAUGACUUAGGGCAGGAGCUAUAUUAUAUUCAUACACCCUGGAAACUGUCGGGUCGUACCACCACCAUCACGAAGGCGGACAAAGAGCUAGAAGCCUUCGUCAAGUUCGGGGGGCUGUUGAUAUCCGACUCCAAAUCAGAUAUCAGCCCAAGCGACGACUUGAGCACAAGGGGGCAACCUGAGCUCGCACAGAUUCAUUGGCGGUGUAUUGGGAGCUCGCGGUUGAACUUCGGGGGAUUUGAACGCGAUAUACACGAGUAUCUGGUGCGGUCAGGCUUCAUGGGAUGGUAUCGCACCUUCACCGCACCCGAUGGAAGGUCGUACAGGUGGACGAUGGGUUUCAACUACCCUGAACUUCAUACAAACGACGAGCAUCGUCGGCCAAUUGCAAGGUUUCAUCGGCGGCGCCUGUGUAUCCCCGGAAUCUGCAAAGGCAGAGCGCCUCACCUCGAGAUACUCCCCGAUGGAGAGCAUAUCGCGGACGCUAUUGUCAUGACGUUCGUAUAUGUGGAGAAAAGGCGCAGAGACUGUGAGAAGGCUCGGUCAGCCGGAGAUUAG